UUAAGUCGGGACUUCUCCUUACAUUACUAUGUCAGCUAUCGGGCUAUCUCUAGAAUUGCCAUUAUCCCACCUCAACUUCAACAGCCCACGUUUGCUAGGGUCCUCGCGCCUCUUUUCCCCAAGGAUCGUAUUGUCCGCCUCUGUAACCAAGAUCCUCUAAUGCAUUAUUACAGUCUUCGUACUAGUAAUCGUCUAGAUACUCUGGUGUUCGUUGUCCCCAUCCCCGAGGGCCGGGCGGGUUAUCUAGGAUGACUCGACAUAUCUCGAAAGUACGACUUCAUUAUAGUCUUUUCGCGUUUCUAGUCGUUGCAAAGACCGAACCAAAUCUAGUUAAAGUCCCCGCCCUUAUAAUUGUCAAUGAAUCUAAUAUUUCAUCGUUAACGACAGCAAAUAAUAUAACCUACGAGAUUACUUACAGCCGCAUCAUUUGCCAUGCGCGAACCCGGUCUUCUUGCAGACGAUCACAUACUUUCCGCUUGCUAUCGACAUUGUCAUCUACGAGUAUUUUAUCGUCCUCGUCCGCUUUUCGUCGUCGCUCUUUAUGGUCGCGCAACUUGAUAGGUUUACUAAGAACAAUAACGAGGCGUCGGGUCAUUUUGGCGCGACUCGGCUGCUUUUUGAGAAAUGUAUGCGUCGCGAAAUGGAAAUGCACGCGUUGGGAAAUGUUUGCGACAGCGAGAGCUGCCAACAGGAGGGAGGCCCAACUCCCCUUAAAUACGCCGCCGCCGCAACGGUGAAGCUGGCGAAACGGCCAUCUUA